CUCAGACCCUCUCCAUUUUUCACACACAGUGAAAUACAUACACUCUCUCUAUCUCUACAUAUAAAACAUAUCUGUAGAAAGAGAUAAAACAGAGAGAGAAGAUAUCUCGAAGCUUUUCCAAAAAUGGCGACGCGCUUAGCAAUCUGCCUCUGCGCAAUUGCCGUUUUCCAGUCAUGCCUCGUUGCCGUUACGAGCAAGCAGACCUACAUUGUGCAGAUGAAGCACCACCUCAAGCCGGCGGACUACGCCACACAUUCAGACUGGUACUCCGGCCACCUGCAGGCGCUCACCUCCGCCGAAUCCGCCGCCGAUUCCAUCCUCUACACCUACGACGCCGCCUACCACGGCUUCGCCGCCGCGCUCUCGCCGGAGGAGGCGGAAUCGCUGCGGCAAUCGGACGCGGUGGUCGGAGUGUACGAGGACACGGUUUACUCGCUCCACACCACCCGCACGCCGGAGUUCCUCGGCCUCGAGGCGGUGGACGGGAAGUGGGCGGGGCACGGCCUCGAGGAGCUCAACCAGGCGUCGCAGGACGUCAUCGUCGGCGUCCUGGAUACUGGAAUUUGGCCGGAGUCGAAGUCGUUUGCCGACGCAGGGAUGACGGAUGUCCCCGCGCGGUGGCGCGGCGAGUGCGAGGCGGCGGCGGAUUUUAAUCCGAAGAUCCAUUGCAAUAAGAAGCUGAUCGGCGCGAGAUUCUUCUCGAGAGGCUACAAUAUGAUGGCGGCGGCCGGCGGGAAGAAGGAAUCGAAGUCGCCGCGGGAUGACGACGGCCACGGCACUCACACCGCCAGCACCGCCGCUGGAUCUCUCGUCGGAAACGCCAGCUUGUUAGGGUACGCCAGCGGCAAUGCUCGCGGUAUGGCGCCGCACGCGAGGGUGGCUGCUUACCGCGUGUGCUGGUCUUCGGGUUGUCUCGGUUCGGAUAUCCUCGCAGCGAUGGACCGAGCGAUCCAGGACGGAGUCGACGUGUUGUCUCUAUCCCUCGGAGGCGGAUCCGCGCCGUAUUCACGCGACACCAUCGCCAUUGGCGCGUUCGCGGCGAUGGAGAAGGGGAUUUUCGUGUCCUGCUCAGCCGGGAACAGCGGUCCGGCUAAGGCUUCCUUGGCUAAUGUCGCUCCGUGGAUAAUGACGGUCGGAGCUGGCACGAUUGAUCGGGACUUUCCUGCUUACGCCACCUUAGGCGAUGGCCGGAAAUUCACCGGUGUAUCGCUGUACAGCGGCCGUGGAAUGGGGAGCAAGUUGGUUGAGUUGGUUUACAACAAGGGGACUAACUCCUCCGCUAAUUUAUGUAUGGCCGGCUCGCUCGAUCCGACCGCGGUGCGCGGGAAGGUGGUGGUGUGCGACCGGGGGAUCAGCGCGAGGGUCGACAAGGGCGCGGUGGUGAAGGAGGCCGGCGGAAUCGGGAUGAUUCUGGCAAACACGGCCGCGAGCGGGGAGGAGCUGGUGGCGGACAGCCACCUCCUCCCGGCCGUGGCCGUCGGGAAGAAGAUGGGCGACGUGAUCCGGCAGUACGUGAAAACCGCGAAAAAUCCGACGGCCGCGCUGAGCUUCGGCGGCACCGUGCUGAACGUGAAGCCCUCCCCGGUGGUGGCGGCGUUCAGCUCCCGCGGCCCGAACAUGGUCACGCCCCAGAUCCUGAAGCCUGACGUGAUCGGGCCGGGCGUGAACAUACUUGCCGCGUGGUCCGGGGCAGUGGGCCCCACCGGCCUCGAGAAGGACACUAGGAAGACCCAGUUCAACAUCAUGUCUGGCACAUCCAUGUCCUGCCCUCACAUAAGCGGCUUGGCCGCCCUGCUCAAGGCUGCGCACCCGGCGUGGAGCCCGAGCGCGAUCAAGUCGGCCCUGAUGACGACGGCGUACACGGUCGACAACUCGAACUCGCCCCUCCGCGACGCUGCCGACUACUCGCUCUCCACGCCGUUGGCGCACGGUGCCGGCCACGUCGACCCUCAGAAGGCGCUCUCGCCCGGGCUCGUGUACGAUGCUUCCCCCGAUGAUUACGUUGCGUUCCUGUGCUCGCUGGGGUACACGGUCGAGAUGGUGCAGGUGGUUGCGAAGCGCCCGAACGUGACGUGCGCGAGGAAGUUCCGGGACCCUGGGCAGCUCAACUACCCGUCGUUCUCCGUGCUGUUCGGGAAGUCUAGGGUUGUGCGGUAUACUCGCGAGCUGACUAACGUGGAUGUGUCCGGGUCCGUGUACAAGGUCGCUGUCGAGGCGCCGAAGAACGUGGUGGUCACCGUGAAGCCCGCGACGCUCGCCUUCAAGAAGGUGGGCGACAAGCUACGCUACACGGUGACCUUUGUCUCGGCCAAGGGGGCGGGGGCUUCGAGGAAUGAGUUCGGCUCGAUCACUUGGAAGAACGAGCAGCAUCAAGUGCGGAGCCCCUUUUCCUACUCGUGGACGCGGGUCUGAGAAUGUUGUCGUCCCCAACGACGAUGCUCGGAUUCCCAGGAUCGGAUCGGCCAAUCAUCCUUAGUGGUAUCGAAAAACAAGUGUUGUCGGAAAAAAAAGGAAAAGAAGAAGAAGAGAUGGUAGAUGGAUGAUGCGGCGGUUUGGGAUGCUGAUUUCGUCUGUUAAUGUUGCCUUUGGCAGAAGCUGCCUUUGUUUUAUGGGAUUAUAACUAUGUUCCAAUAUAAUUUAAUUAAGCUUAAGUCAUAAAACCA